CAAACUCAAAACAGUUUAAGACACUUGCUUCCACAGGUGAGUAAGGUUUUAAAAGUUUUUUCUUGACAAAUUCUCGGUGAUUUUCUUGGAGCUGAAUUAGCUGGGGAGGGGGGAGGAGGGGGCUGAAACUUGUCAGUCGUUGUAUCAAAGACAGUCGAAAUGCCAUUUAAUCACCGUAUUUCCCAUUAUUGUAAUCACUUCUCUUUCUUAAGAUUGAUCUGUUACAGUUAGUCGGGUUAUUAACUCCAAGACAAAAAAAGUUUUUUUGUCUUUCAUGAAAACUGAGGGUGCAUUGUAAGCAGAGUUUUGGAAAGCAGUAGAUAAAUUUUUUGAAAAAAUGAAUUGGCAAAAUCUGCGCGUGUGUGAGUUGUUCCGGCAAAGUCGCGAAAAACGAGCGCCGUCUCCUCCCGAUUCUCCACACAGCAUAUAUAACUCCUCUGCCAAAACUUGGCUUGCGCUAAAGACCCCGCCGACUGCAAAGGCGAACAUGUAGGGGAAACUUUUAUUUUGAAUUGCAAACAUCUGAACCAGGGCGAUUUGUAGUACAUAGUCCAACAUGGUGUCUUAAAGGAGCGAUUACCAAAAGUCAGACUGAACUAGCCUGCUGGAAAUGAUUCAGGCUUAUAGGUGUCGCUUGGCUGUACGUGAAGAAAUAAAUUAAAAUAAAUAUAUAAAUAACGAAGCUUCACCACUGCUGAUGGAAAUCAAAAAAAGAAAAAGGAAGGGAAAAAAAAGACCGUUCCGGCUGGACAGCCAUGACUAAAAGUGAAAUUCUCUCUACGAUGGAACUCUGAUAUCCCGCCGGCCACUUCUGACAAAUGGAAAGUGCCUCCAGAUAUAAUUGUUUGUUAUUUGGGAUUUUUUUUUCUGCAGUUUAAUAAAUUAUUACAUCAAUUAAUAAUAUAAUCGUAUCUGUAGUGUGAUGGACAGGCAACGUAAUCCAUCUGUCUAGUUAACAAAGAAUAAAACGAGCUCGAGAUUUUUGUCGGCUAAUCUUGUGAGCAGUGGUGAAGCUCCGUUUUGGAUUUAUUUAUUUUAAUUUAUAUCUUCAGUUACAGCCAAGCGAUACCUGUAUGGGUUGAAAUAUUCUUGGUGUUUCGUCCAGAACAACCUAAGCGAUACCUAAAUUUGCAAUUUACAAACCAAAACUAAGAAAGGACAAUUUCACAAGGGAGUUCUUCUUGGCAUUUCUCUAGAUUUUUAUUUAGUAUUUGGUAUAUUACUACAAUUGGCUUUUCUCCACUCGCUCUCUUUGAGCUGAUUAGAUAUAUAGCUUGUAGCUAAGCCAAUCAAAACGCGGGAUUUUCAAGAGAAGACUCGUAGAAUGCCUGUAUAGUUUUACCAUUUAAGAUGAGUUUACCUUUUAUUUUUAAACUCUUUCCCUCUUUAAUCCAUUUGUUGACAUUGCCUCGAUAGGUCAUCUUCUGCUGAGCUUCUUACAGAGGGUUAAGAUCGUACGGUUGUGAAUUGGUUGCAGCCGGACUAUAAAGCAGCAUGGAUUCUAGUGUCUAUAUUGUUAUAUUUAUAGUUCUCAGCUUUGAAUUAGCCAUUGGAGGUUGGUCAUAUAUCUUUUUUUUGUUGUUAAAACUUGUUUUUAGUAGAAGUAAAACAUGACACGUUUUUUGCAUCAAAUGGAAACUCGGAAAAAUCCGAGCCCCAGAUGGGAUUCGAACCCGCGACCCCACGUGAUCUAGUCGGAUGCUCUAACCACUGAGCUGCUGUAGACUCUAUGGCGAGCAAGGGUCACAUAGUCAAACCGGGACAAGCACGUAUGACUCAUAGCUGCGUCACCCAGUCACAUUAGGGACUUUAAGAUCCAACGACGCGACGGCGACGAGAACGUCGCUUAAAAAGUGAAUUUGCGUUCUUCCAGUCUUUAUAGGGUCUUACUUUGUCAAUUUGAACCCUAGAACUGAAUUUCAAGGGACCAUAGCCCAGAAAUAAAAUUUCGUCGUUGCUUGUUUACGUCCUCCAUAAAAACCAGGACAAUGCACGUGCGAAAUUGUGGUUUCGCUAAUUAGACCUAUUGUUUUUUGGACGUUCUCGUUGUCGUCCGCGUCGUUGGAUCUUAAAGUCCCUAUUAGGCAUAUCAUAGAUCUAGUCAAAGACUCACAUUUCACCCUUGCUCGCCAUAGAGUCUCCAUUAGCUCAGUAUUUAGAGCAUCCUACUAGAUCACGGAGGAUCCUGGGUUCGAAUCCCAUCUGUGGCUCGGAUUUUUUCCGAGUUUCUAUUUGAUACAAAAACGUAUCAUGAUGUUCUACUUCUACUAAAACGUGUUUAUUUAUAGUCACUUUAAAGUGUUGUACUUCUAAAUGAUACAAUAUCAAUAUUGGUGAGAUUAACAGGUUAAAGCCUCCGAUAAAACCGGAAAGUGAACAACAAAAACAAUUCCAAAAACCAAUUGAAAGUAUAAAAACAGACAAUUAACAAUGCUAUUUUUAAUUUAAUUAACGAAAAAAAUAUAAAGAGCUGAUUGCAGAACGUGGUAAUUAAGGACUCAUAAAAUAACAGGUUUGAACUAGUAUGAAUCACUGAUAAUUCACGAAAGAAACGAAUCAUAGAAACUAAUUUAAUAUUUAUUUCUUGUUUUCAGCAGGUAAAAAUUGGGGAUAUGAGAAGACAGGUAUUACGUACUUACAUACUUAGCGAUUUUUCGAAAUAUUUUAAUGGGAGGCCCUUUUCAUUAUCUAAAUGGCAAAUUUAUCCACUUUUCACAUUAGGGGUGGCGUUGCGAAAUGUUGGCUGUUUUUUCAGUAUAUUGGUCGUGUUUCAAAACAAGCAAACUUCGGUUAACUGACAGGAUUAAAGUUCACCAUCUUUCAAGAAACUCACUCCUGCAGGGUAUUAGGUAGCAUAUGGAAGUACCGGAUGCAGGGGUUUAGCUGGUGGACCUGCACAGUUUGUGACACUGGCGCGUACCUUAAGUACCAGGGGAUGAACUUCUUAGAGUGGUCCGGGGCUCCCCGCCACCCCCCCCAAAAAGUGGACUCUAUAAAAUGCAAUUUCCAGUGUUUCCUUAUGCGCUACAUAACUACGAAGUGAGUAAACUAAGGGUCAAUCUAUUUUGAUUAGUAAAUGAAAAUGAAGACGAUUUUCACACUAAAAAAAUGUUUUCUUCGUGAGUGAACCACAGGUCAAACAACCGAACUUUGCGUCCGGCGUCCAGCCUGAAACGAAACCCCUAGCCGCCUGUCGUGAAACUUAAAAUGCCAGCGGUACCAAUACAAAGUUCUUGUCAUUAUUUUUCAUUUUAUUUUAUCUUUUACGAGUUUUUUUUUUUUCGCGUAUCACCUUUUCAGAUUAUGGUCCAGGGGACUGGGGGAAAAUGGCACCACUCUGCUCUAGGCAGCACCAGUCCCCCAUCGACAUAAACAUAAGCGCGGCCAAGACAGAGAAAUCCUAUCGCGGCCUGGUUCUAAACGUUGAGCAGAACGUUGGUGGUGCAGUUACUGGUUCCUUCAUCAACAAUGGUCACGUACCGACUUUUCAUGUUAAUAAUAAGAAGGGUGCAGUUACCCUUAACGGGGGUCCUCUGGGGAAAAUCCUGCACAUACUGCAUCAGUUUCACUUUCACUUCGGCUGCAACAGCAGUGUUGGGUCUGAACACAGAGUGGAUGGAAAACAUUUUGCAGCAGAGGUAAAUGAUUGAUAACAUAUGUGAUUAAAAUCAGCUUGCUUUGGAACUAAUACCAGUAAUUAGGAUUUAUUUUUUAUUCACGUCCUUGGCGCAGCCACGAUGUUUCGUUUUCGACAUCUGCUUCAUGAUACGAAAGGCAGGUCUGAAUCAGCUCUACCAAAAAUCUGCCCGCAAAUUAUGGCCAAACAGAGAAUAUCCUCUGCAGAUCGCUUGUGCUUCUUUUUCAGUUAUUGUGCAAGAGUGCACUUUUUAGGGAGCUUAAUUAAGCAAAGCGCGGAUUUUUGAGUCAACCGGAAGUGAUCCUUUUUAAUAUGCCUUGAUGCUACCAAAUUUGUCUUGCUAAGUGUCUUAACCCUUAUAGAGACGCUACCCGAACAUUUGAUCAAACGCAUUGUCCAAUAAUGCCAGGCGUCCACUUCCGGUUGACCCGCGUCGCUAAAAAACGUCCGUUAAUUGUUUAUUUUUCUUCCUUCAUGAAGUGUGCAUUGUAAACUGACCGACACUUAGCUGCAUAUAAAUCCUAAAAACGUAAAUAAUACCCUACCUAACUAACUCGCUGAAAUAACGGUUGCGUUAUGUUAUCCUAAUCUGAUUUCUUUACCACUAGAUGCAUCUUGUAUUUUACAACUCUCUCUAUGAAAGUUUCCAAAAAGCAGUCUCCAAGCAUGACGGCUUGGCUGUCGUUGGAGUCUUUUUACAGGUAACUCAACUGAAACUGUUUAUUACGUACCUCAUAAGUUUUCAAACAAAGGAUUAGUCUAAGAUGCAUGCCAUCUCAAACGUCGAGUGGAAAGCUAUUUGCUUUUCACCCUGUGGUGUGAUUCUGGUUUCUGUGGGCGCAAGCGAUUUUGUAAAGUAAAAAGUAGCUAUCUGGUAUCCGAGGACAAAUUCAUCAAGGGCGUAGAGUGAGGUUUUGAAGAUGUAGGCAAGGAAAGAAAGGUGGGAGCUCUGAGUGUACUGCAUACUAGGUCUGGAGGCAUACUCCCCAAGAACAAUUUUUAGACUACGAGUAGUCCCCCAUUUUUCCUCAAGGGAUAGUAGAGCGAGCGAAACGCGAGCGCGCGUGAAAAUCACCCCACGCGAGAAAAGGCUCGCGAGGGGUGAUUUUCACGCGCGCUCGCGUUUCGCUCGCUCUACUAUCCCUGAGGAAAAAUGGGGGGACUACUCGUAGUGUAACAUUUUUAGAAUUUAGGGGCUCAGAAAUGCCAUUUCCUUCGUUUUCCGCAGGACAUUUUCAGUAAGUUAAAACGAAGGAAAAUGCAAUAGUUAGUUGUUUAAUUUACAUCCCUAUUGUUAUCGAUAAGGUACAGUGUUCACCAAAAAAGGGUAAAAUAGUGACGCCGUCAAGAAGGUUACAAGCAAAGGACGAGACGUCUACCCCUCAGACGGGCCAAUAAACCAACAUAUUAAAUGCGAAAGAUUUAUCAACCAACCCGAUUUAAUGAUAAAAUGCUUUCCGGAAAUUUUUUUUUUCAGAUUUCAGCCGUAUGCACGGGCGUACAUGUGUAUAUUGACGGUACGCUCCUGUUCAUUAAUAAUUCGCGAGGGGAAUCUAGGAAGAUAGUUCGGAUCUUCUGGGAAACUGCCCACCUACCCCUUCCCUAACCCAACAUUUUGCCCCAAGUGAGUCGCAAAUGUUAACGUUGAAUUAGGGGAGGGGUAGGUGGGCAGUUUCCAAGAAACCUGAAUUGAUCCUAUAGUUCUACUGUGAUUACGCUUGGGCGUUUCUUAGUCACUUUCUUAAGGUAAGCCUUGAUGGUGGUGAUUGCCAUUGCCAGUGUGUUGAAGCCGGCACACCUUAUCUAAGGAUUCUUAUGGGCUGUACUGAAGUGUUUCCUCUAUCCCACUAAUAUCACCAGUUUUGUCGUAUUGAGUGGGACCUCUCUCGCACUAGUGCUAGUUUGAAUAUUUGCCUUUCUUAAUUACAAUAAAAUAAGAAAUUUGUUAAUUGGCGUUAAAUUUCCUUGAGAAUUGCAACGAGUUGCCUCAUUUUUAUUAACCGGCCCCACUUCUCAUUCGGUGUCUAAAUGAUGAAACAGUACCCGCUUAAAAUAUCAACUAAAAAGAGUAGGAGUAUGUUCUUAACCACUUCUGCCAAUUGUCUCAAUUUAGGUUGACGGAACAUUCAGUGAGUGGAUGGAAAAGAUCGCCGUGUCGCUGAAAAACAUAAAGCGUCCUAACGGUAAAAGAAAUGUAGCAUUAAAAACUGUAAAUCUUAAAUCUUUCCUAGACUGACUUAUGGUGAUUUGAUGUAUUUUUCACUUUUGCAAAUGAAUCCUCUUCGGCAGAACUUUUUCAAAGUACUACUUAUAUCUUGAGAUUGUACACAAAGAAUUUUUUUUUCUUCUGAAAUUCUUAUCUUGGUCACGAUUAGGCCUAAGUGUGAAAGGGUAAUAUCAAUUUUUUUUUGGCCUUAUUUAACUUCUGUAAACGUGUAGAAGGCUGUUAUGGCCAGCCGACAUAUUGAAAUGAGAAAGCAAUACACGUUGUUAUGAUCAGCUUUCAGUAGUCUUUAGACUUCUCGUUUUUUGGUUUUUAUUUACUGGUCAUUUUGAGGUUUGGCUGUAAAUUAUUUAUUUAAUCGCUUCCACCAUGGUUACAAUACAGGAAGGAGUUGCGAUGGUGCGGAACACAAAACAGAGCGAUGCUCUAUUUUAAGCGUGCCCGAAUAGAAAUUGUUUUUGAAACACCGUGAACUUUACAAAGAAAGUAUGAGCUCAUUAACGUUUUAAGUCACCCAUCUAUUUUGCAGUUUAUGAUUGCCCAUACGUCCUCUGUUAUUGAUUACACGGAGCUCAAACUUGCACUAGAAGUUCAAAUUAUCCAACUCUUUCAACUUUGAACCUAAUUUGCUUAUACGGAGAGAGAUAUCUUUAUGAGUUAACUGUUUGCUAAUGAGCAAAAAUGUAAACAAUGGCGUCAGCAAGAAUUCACCUUAUAGAGGGGGGUGACCUAUUUUCUCUUUCUUCCUGGUACAAUAAUGCGAACCAGUUUUCUUCUCUACCAAGGGAUCCAGUAUCAUCUGGGAGACAGCAUACCGCUGGCCAGCCUUAUUCCAGACUUGGCUUCUGUUAACGCACCUUACUUUACCUACAAAGGCUCCCUUACCACCCCACCUUGCUACGAAUCUGUCCAGUGGAUUGUACUGGAAAACCCCAUAUCCGUCACUGAGUCUCAGGUGAGCUUUCAUUAAAAAUUCAUAUUUUUCUUAAAGCUCAAAAUAGAACUCGAUAAAGCUAAUACUAAAAGCAAGUAUUGACCGGCAAGUAUUGAUCAAUGACAUACUCUUCGAGGAGUUCAAACUGGAAUGUGGUGUGCCUCAGGGUUUCAGUCUAAGUGCUAUACUGUAUAGGCUCUAUACGAGUAAGCUCUUUGAGAUUGUCAAGACUCAUCCGCCUGAAGUUCAUUGUUACAAAGGUCUACAUUAAUUUUAGUCCUAAUCUUAAGUCAGACCCGUUUGUGGAUGUUGAAUGACAAUCCUAAAUUGAAUGACGACAAAACUGAAUUUUUCAUUUUUGGCACACCGCAACAGCUGGAAAAGGUCGACAUCACGAGUAUCCGCACGCGUGGUUAACCCUGACAUUCAUCCCGUUCCCACUUCUAGGAAUUUCGGUUCAUGGUUUGACUCUAGGCUGUCCAUGUCGAAGCAUAUUACAAAGAUCUGCGGUUCUUAAUUUUUUUAUUUGUACAACAUACGACGCACCAGGAAUUAUCUAUCACAAAUGUCAACCGAAGCACUCAUUCAUGCAGUCGUCUUGACUACUGUAACCGCUUAUUGUAUGGCCUUUCUGAUUCCUCAUUAAAUAAGCUACAACGUGCGCACUACAGAAAGUUUGUGCUAGGCUGAUUUUUUUUUAAUGAACAAAAGUUUUGUCACGUAACCCCCCAUACUAUGCAGUUACUCUGGUUACUAGUUAGAUUUAGAAUUGAGUUUAAAUUUUUUUUCAAGAUUCUUUAUGGUUUAGCUCCGUCCUAUUUAUCAUAUCUUAUUUCUCGUUGGCGUCCAUCGAGAUAUAAUCUUAGGAAUUCAAAGGAUAAUCUUUUACUUAGUUAUCCCAGGUUCAUAUCCAAACUAACACUUGGCGAUAGGUCCUUCACUUGUGCUCUCCAAGGCUCUGGAAUGGUUUGUCAUUCGAUGUCAGAUGCGCCAAGCUAGUCUGUUGAUGUUUUCACGGUCCCUUUGGCGACACCGCGCGUAUUACCCUGGCAACCAACUAUACUUUGCGCAAAUUAUUUCGGAUGUCUGCACGAAAGCAAAAGGGUCUUAAUAUAGAAAGGUUUACUAGCAAAUCCUCUAAAAAGAAACAAACAAAGGAAAAAUGAAAUGCGGUGAUGGGGGCGACAACGACAGCGGCAACCCACUUAACCCUAACAACAAUUAAUCAUAUUUUGCCCAAAUUGUCCUCUCUGCACGAAAGCAAAUAUCGCCCUGUUACAGAAAGAUUUACUUGCAAAUCGUUUAAAAAGAAACAAAAACAGUUGAUAUGAGGUGAGGUGGCGACUACUACCCACUCUACCUUUUUGUUAACAAUACGUCGUUAAUGUAAUCAGCUCCAAAAAGAGUCAUUCUAAUACUAACAUCAAGACUUGUCACAUUCUCUCUCAGUUGGAGAUCAUGCGGACCUUGACAUCAACCGAUGGUAACCAUUUGUGCAACAACUUUAGACCUGUAAAGCCACUGAAUGGACGGAAACUCUUUAAAGGACCUGGCGAAAAAACGUAUCCUGGGGAAUUUAGUCGUCGCUUGUUUCUUCGAACAAUUAAACAGCAUUAAGACACAGCUAGAUGCCGAU